GCAGAAACACAACUCACAACCAACCGACAAAUAUGAAGACAUUCAAUCUGAGCGUGCUCCUGAGCCUGGCGGUGGCAGUUUACUGUGCACCGGUGUCAGAGGUCACUGUGCAAGAUGAAGGCUUUGCAAAGAACUACCUCAAGAGCUUCUUCAACCUGACAGAAGAGAGCGGUCCUACGGUCCGCCGUGGUGGGAUCAGCCUGUUGGUCAAGAAGCUGAGUGAGAUGCAGCGGUUCUUCGGCCUCCACAUCACUGGGACGCUGGACACCGACACUCUGUCCAUGAUGAAGAAACCCCGCUGUGGUGUUCCUGAUGGACAAAUCGGAGAGUUUUCCACCUUUGGAAACAACUUGAAAUGGCAAAAGAACAGCCUCACAUACAGGAUUGAGAAUUACACACCUGACAUGUCUGCAGCUGAGGUUGACGACUCUAUAGCCAAAGCUCUGCAGGUUUGGGCCAAAGUUACUCCUCUGAGAUUCACCAGAAUCUACAGCGGCACUGCAGACAUCAUGAUCUCCUUUGGAAGCCGAUCACACGGCGACUUCUACCCCUUCGACGGACCUGACGGGACCCUCGCCCACGCCUUUGCUCCUUCAUCUGGGAUCGGAGGAGAUGCUCAUUUUGAUGAAGAUGAGACCUUCACCUUCCGCUCAAACACAGGUUAUGUCCUUUUCAUGGUCGCUGCCCAUGAGUUCGGUCACUCUCUGGGUUUGUCUCACUCCGAUGAUCCCGGUGCUCUCAUGUACCCCAUAUAUUCUUACAACAACCCAGAAACCUUCGUCCUGCCUCGGGAUGACGUCAACGGCAUCCAGUCUCUCUAUGGUCCAAACCCUGAUGAGGAUCCAGCCGGUCCUGGGCCUCAGCCUCCCACCACCCCCGACUCAUGUGACUCCACACUCGUCUUGGACGCUGUCGCCUCACUGCGGGGAGAAAUGCUCUUCUUCAAAGACAGCUUCUUUUGGCGUAGCUACCCACAGAGCGUCACACCUCAGCAGACUCUCAUCACCAACUUCUGGCCAAAUGCUCCUGCCACCAUCGACGCAGCUUAUGAAAACCUACAGUCAGACCGACUCCUGCUCUUUAAAGGUCGUAAAGUGUGGGCUUUCAACGCCUACGAUCUGGUGCGUGGUUAUCCCAAGUCCAUCUCCACCUUUGGUCUGCCCAGCACCGUGAAGAAGAUCGAUGCUGCUCUCUAUGACGUGGAAACUAGAAAGACGCUGUUUUUCGUCGGCAAUAAUUACUACAGUUAUGAUGAGUCCAGUAGAAGAAUGGACCGUGGAUUCCCCAAACGUGUGGAUGAAACCUUCUCAGGUCUGACUGGAAAAGUGACGGCGGCGUUCCAGUACAGAGGUUUCUCCUACAUCUACAGCGGACCCUACAUGUUCGAGUACAGCCUGAGGAGCGGCAGAUUGUUCCGCGUCCUGAGGAACAACUACUUUUUGCGUUGCACAAACUAUUAGACCAGAGUUUGAUUUACUGUGAAUCAUAAUGAAGGCAGCAAAGUUUGUUCUGUUCAGUUACACAGCUACAGUUAAAUACUGUAUGCAGUAAAGCACCUUAUACAUUUUAUGAAGCACCUUUUUCAAACUUCAGUUUAAUUUAUUUUUUACCUUUUUAAUGAAUUGUCUUAUUGCUGUUGUUAGUGUGUUGCUUACAUUUGUGUUUUUUCAUACAGUCUAAUUGGAUUGUUAAACAUGUUACAUUAUUAUUAUUAUUUUUAAACUGCACGUCUACAUUUUUGUAUGUUUUUUAUUUAACCAGGAAGGUCCUGGUCAAAAUGGCAGCGACAUAUUUUCUACUGUUUCCAAAUGUAAAAUGUGAUACAGUGAAGUUGCACUGAAAUAAAAGCUGAUUAAUUA